CAGAAAACACACAGACAAGUUGAAGAGAAAGACGAGAACACGGGACAGAGAGGGAGAGGAGGAGAAGAGGAAGGAGGAGGAGGAGGAGAGCUAGAUGUCAGAAUGAGUGGCCAACGUAUCCGUCCACAGAUGGAAGGAAUACACAGAUAAAGUGAUUACCUAUCGAUUAGCGAUCGGAUGUCAGAGUCGAGUGUAAAAUAGAAGACAGAAGAAAAGCGGGAGAAACAUGAGCCGCCAGCAGCAGCAGCAGGAGUCGCAGGGAGUGGUUUUAACGGGUUACCACAGCAACGCGGAACUGUUGCCGCAAACGGGGCCGUGCGCGUCCAGCUGUCCGCCGGCCCCGGACACCGAGCACGCCGUGUACAGCCGCAGAGCGGGCCACUACACCCUGCAACACACUCAGAAUGGACAACAUGAAGACAGAUAUGCCACUUCUGCUACCACCAGCAGUACAGAAACCAGCAGCUCAGACCCAUCGUCACUUCCCAAUCCAAAUUGUGCCGUCCAGCACUCCUCCAGUCCCAAGUCUGGCUCGAGCCCCAGACACAGCCACAAUUCCAGGUCAAGACCAUUGCCUGCAUGUCAGCGAUGCAACUCUCAGGACUCCUUGGAUGAGCUACAGAUGGAUGACUACUGGAAGGAGCUGAAGAAUAUUACAGAUUCAGCGGGAGCAGGAGAGAGGGGAGAAGGAGAAGCUCAAGAGGAGGAACAGCAGAAAAUUCCUGAAGAGGGUGAGCAGGAGGAGGCGUGGCUUGCAGAAGCGGGUCUAGCGCAGCUUGUUGAUCAUUCAUUGGCAGCGGAUCAGGAUCAGGUAGAAGACAGCGCAGUUUUCCUUUCCACGCUCACCAAGACUCAGGCGGCAGCUGUAGAACGUCGUGUAGCAUCAGUGCAGCAGACCUUAAGGCGGCGUAACCGGCAACAGUUUCCUGAUGUUCGGGAUAUAUUCCGACCCCCUGACAAGGAUGAGGAGUCUCACAAACUCAAAGGGGGAAGUGAGAAUGGACAGAAAGGUGCCUGUUCAGCUGAAACGGAGACGGAGCUGAAUGUUGAAGUGGCAUUUUCAGAGCAGGCGCUCAAUUACAGGGACAACAAUCAAAGGUUAAAGGUCACCCCGAGCUCUAACUCUCCUGAUGACAAACUACCAAACUUCAAGCUGCUCCGAGAUAAAACAGGUCAGACCCGAAUAGGAGAUCUGUCUCCUCAGGAUAUAAAAAAGGUGCAAAGACUGGUACUUGUGGAGAUGACUGCUCUGUUUGACACUUCUGGGAUAGACCUCAAGGCACCCAAGGCUCUGAAAGUGAAGACUAAAGAAAGUGGUUUGUUUGGUGUUCCCCUGACCACUUUACUGGAUCAUGACCAGAGACGGUCUCCUGGGACCAAAGUGCCACUGAUCCUGCAGAGGCUUAUUAGUCAUAUCGAGGAUGAAGGAUUAGACACAGAGGGCCUUCUGCGGAUCCCUGGAGUCGCCGCUAGAGUCAAGCUGCUGUGCCAGGAGCUCGAGUCCUCCUUCUAUGAUGGGAUGUUUCCGUGGCAACAGUUGAAACAGCAUGACGCUGCUAGCCUUUUGAAGCUGAUCAUCAGGGAGCUACCCCAUCCACUGCUGACUGUGGAGUACCUCAAUGCAUUUAUCGCUGUCAACAAUCUCCCCACGAAGAAGCAGCAGCUACAGGCUUUAAACCUGCUCGUCCUUUUGCUACCUGAAGCCAAUCGAGAUACUUUGAAGGCAUUGGUGGAGUUUUUCCAGCGUGUCAUUGAACAUCAGGUCAAGAAUAAAAUGACCCUGAACAAUGUCUCUGUUGUCAUGGCGCCCAACAUCUUCAUGUUUAAAGGCUUUCGGUGCAAGGUUACAGAACAACAGGAGUUCUCCAUGGCAACCAGCACGGCCAACAUUGUCCGGCUGCUGAUCAGAUACCAAAACCUCCUGUGGACGAUCCCCAAGUUCAUUAUGAAUCAGGUCAGGCAGCAAAACAUGGAAAGUCAGAGGAAACAAAAAGAGCGAGCUGUACGGAAGCUGCUGAAGAAGAUGGCCAUUGAGAGACCAUCUGAUAAAGCUAUCCCUGAGGAGAGCUCCCAGGGGAUCAUCCGAGUCUACGCGCCCCAGUUCAGUAAAGUUUCAAUGGCAGUUCAGCUUACCGAAGAUUUGCAAGCUUCUGAUGUGUUAACACGCUUCCUCAGCCAAGACAGCUCACUGGCAGUGAAAAAAGAGGAUUUGUGUCUUUAUGAGAUCGGUGGAAACAUCAAGGAGAGAUGCCUCGAUGGGGAAACGUAUAUGAAAGACCUGUACCAGGUGAACCCUACGGCAGAGUGGGUCAUCAAAGCUGUGCAGCGAUGAUCUCGUCAGGGCCCACUUGACUCUGGACUGCUCUAAAUUGUCAGCACUGUGUCCUAAAAGAACAGGCGUUGCUUUGUUCUCUGUGGUUCUGGAUGCACUUGGAACUUUCAUAUGUAGCAUAUAUACUUUUGGUUGAUACUCAAAUUUGCCACAAAAUGCACAUGUUCCAAUGGAAGAACCUAUCAAAACACAUUUUGUGUUAUGUGGUAAUACGUGUCCUUUUUAGUUUAAUUCCCGGACUAGGAAAAAACAAUUAUUAUUAUUAAAAGAUAAUUAUAGAGAUUAUUAAUGUAGUUUGGUGCAAAAAGUAACAUUCAUUAAAUCACAAAUCAGUCAUGAAUAAGUAGAGGUUCAUUUCUGUUGGUUAAUUAUGAGAGAGCUUUUUUUUUUUUUUUUUAUCUGUUUAUAUUUUUAUUAAAUCCCUAGAAAUUAUGUGUACAGCCACUUUAUUAAGUAUCAGUAAAUCAGAGCACUUCACCAGGAAUGAUGCUUUGGAGUGAAUUGGGAAAUUUUGAGGCUCUGAAGCUGAAAGGCGGGUGUUUUUUUUAGUAGUGGUUUACUUCUUUUAGCAUAACAAGUAACUGAUGAAAAGCAAUGGAUGUUUGAGUGUUUUUUCCUCAACAACUGCUAGAUGGCAGUGUACAAAUGUGAACAAGCUCAUGUAUACAUUAUAUACAUACACAGUAGAACUGUGUGUGCAAAUUCACAUAAAGGAUCAUUUUAAAGGGACAGGCUGCUGACUGGAUGAUACAUUUGCACGUGAUGGAUUCCAAACAUCUCUGGUCAUUUUUUGUUUUCCAUUUUUGGCUCGGUACCAUCCACAGUCUGGACAUCGCUUGAUAAAUUACUUUAGCAAAACUUGCAUUUGAACAGGAAUAGAAAAUCCCCGUUUGAUUUUUUUUUUUUGGCACCUGUCUGUGUUUCUCCCAGUUUUCGACAAAAGCCUUAUCUGAUUCGGUGCGGUUUCUCACAGUUUCAGCAGCCUGUGGAGGAUCAAAUCUGCACUGUAAACUCACAUUUUUGUGUGUGGAAAGCUAGAGAGUAUUGAAAAACAAAUGUGGGAUUAUGUUGAAUAAUUGUGAUUUUUGUUUUUUUGUUUUUUUUGAGCAGCUUGUCUCUCCCUGUCUUGUAUUGUGUUGUUUACUGUGAUUUUUUUUUUUUUCCCAGAUAUCUAUGUUUUGUGUAACUGCCUCUGAAAUGACCACUGAAACUGCCUGUAAAUAAACAUGCAGUUAUUAAUUAC